AUAAGAUCACAUUGCCAGGAACAUACAGUGGGAGCAGUCGGCUGCUCGAGAGGGGAGGCGAUACAUUCUCGAGAAUUUCUGGCGCCGGAAAAUGACGUCACCAGCGGCGACGCUGUCGUGGAGUUCCUCUUCGUGGCUCCAUAGCCUCGGCGGGUGCUCGAACGAGGCCUCCGAAUCGUCCGACAGGAGGUCGGCCAUGGUGGUCAUUGCUCAAAAGAAGGCCAAGAAAACCCGCAAGAUAAUACUGAAGGAGGACACGGAGUACCUGGGGAAGAAAGGUCAGCUUCUGGAUGUGAAAGCUGGGUACUACAGGAACUAUCUCCUUCCCAUGGGGAAGGCCCAGAUUGUCACUCCCGUGUUGCUCAAGGAGAUGAGAAUGGAAGAAGAAAGAAUUGAAGCUGAGAAGAAGAGGGUAAAAGAAGAAGCGCAGCAACUUGCAUUGAUGUUUGAAACUGUUGGAGCAUUCAAGGUGAAGCGAAAAGGUGGAAAAGGAAAACUAAUUUUUGGAAGUGUGACUGCUCAAGAUCUCGUAGACAUUAUAAAGGCGCAGCUCCAAAGGGAAGUGGACAAACGAAUUGUUGUUCUUCCAGAAAUCCGAGAAACGGGAGAAUACAUCGCAGAGCUGAAGCUUCAUCCGGAAGUGACAGCUCGAGUGAGGUUGAACGUGUUUGCCAACUGAGUAUAAAACCCCUGUUGAACCAUUUUGAGCGAUCAACUUUCAAAUGCAAUUCGUGCUGACACAUGGUAUGUAAGACAUAUCUAAUGAUUUUACUGCAACGUUGACUUUUUGCCUAGCCAUAUGAGAAUAACCAUUGAGUGAAAAAGCUGAAGAAGAAUAUGUGCUGUAAAGUUGCCUUUCUACUGAAGUUAUUUUUUGUUGGUUUAUCAAGCCUAUGCCAUACUCUUGUUGUAUAAUACAUUCGUCUCAAUGGUGCUUCUGAGUUAUCGAUC